CAUGUCGACAUUUCGGAGGAAAACUUGUGACGAAUCAGCUGAAUCAAUAGUUUCCUCGUUUUUCUUUUUUAUUCUUUGUUGAAACACCUAGGUUUAGAAAAAACGUCGUGAUUUUAGACUUCGGCAUAUUCCCACUCGCAGGGUUUUCCUCUAUGGGUAAAAGGCAUCUGAUAGCUGUCGUCUGCUGCUUGGGACUGACCAUCUCAUAUCUCAUGAGGUUCUGUCUGGCACUGGCCAUAACGGAAAUGACCAACACCACUUUCACGAAGGAAGAUCCAAAUUCGUGCCCUUAUCCCGAGCCAAAGCAAAACACGACAAUUCAUGCGCAGUACACCUGGUCGGAGCAUCAGCAGGGUUUGAUACUCAGCUCAUUUUUCUGGGGCUAUGUCGUCACUCCCAUACCGGGUGGUCUCCUGUCUGAAAGAUUCGGUGGAAAGACGGUUUUCGGUGGAGGAGUCAUACUCACCGGGGUCUUCACAAUGUUGACACCCUAUUUCGUCUAUUCUUGGGAUUGGAUGGGUUUAAUAGUUACAAGAGUCGGAGUCGGAUUAUCUCAGGGUGUCAUUUAUGCAGCACUUCACUCAUUAGUCGCUCACUGGAUACCACUGGAAGAAAGAGGGACUUGGGGCACUUUGGUAUUUUCCGGAUCCCAUUUGGGAAAUACGAUUUCUAUGGUGGCCACCGGCCAGCUCAUCUACAAAUUUGGCAGAUGGGAGAUGGUCUUCUACCUAUACGGGGUGUUGAGCGUCGUAUGGGCCGUAGUUUUUACUGUAACUGUCUACUCAACUCCUGAUGACCACACAGGCCUCUCGAAGGAAGAGAGGACCCUACUCGAAAUGUAUGCGGCACAAAUCAGAAAGAGAAAGAACAACAGAGAGACCCCAUGGAAGAGAAUAUUAAAAAGCAAUCCCGUCUGGGCGAUCGUUAUCGCAAUGGUGGGCCACGACUGGGGUAUGUUCGCCCUAGUGACGGACAUACCGAAAUACAUGAAAUGCGUUUUACACUUUAAUAUCAGGCAGAACGGCGACUACCUAGGAAUCGGAUACUCGUUGCUUUGGUUCACUUCAAUCCUGUCAGGAAUGGCUGUCGAUGUCAUAAACAAAAAGAAAAUCGUGUCCUUGACAACAAAUAGAAAGAUUCUGGCUACAAUUGGUUCUGUAGGUUCAUCGUUUGGCUUGAUUGGUGCAUCGUACUCAGGGUGUAAUGUCCAUGUGGCGAUGACAUGCCUCAUUGUCGGCAUGGCGUUGAUGGGCUGCUUCUAUCCAAGUUUGAAAGUCAAUCCAAUCGACCUUGCUCCAAAUUAUGCUGGCACUGUGGCAGCUCUAAGUCAUUCGAUUGGAGGACUGUCCGGCAUUGUUAUUCCUUAUAUCGUCAGUUCAUUAACACCCAAUGGAUUUCUGAUGGAAUGGAGGCACGUAUUCUGGAUAACGUUUCUUGUCAUUUUGUCGACAAAUGCAGUCUUUUGCCUUCAAGGAUCGGCAGAGAUUCAGCCCUGGAAUGACAAUUUUGAAUCGCUGCCUCUACUUUCUGAUUAUGAACUGACACCCAGACGUAGCAAAAAAUAAAUGAGAUAUGACGAAAAGA